UCCAUUAGUCUUCAAUCACCGAACUCACAGAACAUUUGAUCCUCUCUCAAUCUCCAAUAACGUUUUCUAAUCUCUUAAAAAAAACCAUCGAUAAUGGCUCCUAAGGCGGCAGAGAAGAAACCGGCAGAGAAGAAGCCAGCAGAGAAGGCCCCGGCGGAGAAGCGACCAAAGGCGGAGAAGAAGAUCUCGAAGGAAGGCGGUAGCGACAAGAAGAAGAAGAAGGCGAAGAAGAGCGUGGAGACGUACAAGAUCUACAUCUUCAAGGUCCUGAAGCAGGUUCAUCCCGAUAUCGGAAUCUCGGGGAAAGCCAUGGGAAUCAUGAACAGUUUCAUCAACGACAUCUUCGAGAAACUCGCCCAGGAAUCGUCGAAGCUCGCGAGGUACAACAAGAAGCCGACGAUCACGUCUCGGGAGAUCCAGACGGCGGUUAGGCUUGUGUUGCCGGGAGAGCUCGCGAAGCACGCCGUCUCUGAAGGGACUAAGGCGGUUACCAAAUUCACAAGCACUUAGGGUUUCUUUUAUCUUGAAUCUGAUUCGCAUGUUUUGAUAUAAAUUGAUUCUCUGUCUUGAUCUUUGGUUCUGGAUUGUCUUCAAUUAGUGAGAUGGUUGAAUGAACAGGUUUUCGUGUUAAUGGAUAUGCUUCGUGUUCUCCUA